UGGUUAAAGUUGAUAAGUACAUUGUUGGAUUCUGGAUAAGGUAUUUUUGGGCUCAUUUCCCUUUCGUGAACAAACAAAAGAUAAAAAAAAAACAAAAAAAAAAACAAUAAUGAUCAUUCACUCUUCUUCUUCUCUCCACGGCUCGAAGUUCUUGAACAGAUUUAGAUAUCAUAACCGAUCUGUGACUAAAUCCGAAGCACGUGGUUUCAACGUGACCACCACGAGGAACGAGGUUGUAGUCGCGGCUGCUCCUCUUCUCUCUUUGCCAGAGAAUAGGAUUAUCCCUCUUUCCAACCUCGACCUCCUUCUCCCUCCUGUCGAUAUCAACGUUUGCUUCUUCUACAAGAAACCACUUUAUAACAUUACCAAUAAUCAUGCUCUCAAAACGGCUUUGGCCGAUGCUCUCGUCUCCUACUACGUUCUUGCCGGCGAGGUCGUGAUCAAUCCCACCACCGGAGAGCCCGUGAUUCUCUGCAGUAACGGUGGCGUGGAGUUUGUGGAAGCCGCUGCUGACGUGGAGCUCCGGGAGCUUAACUUGUAUGAUCCUUAUCAAAGUAUUGCCAAGUUUGUUCCCAUGAAAAAGCAUGGAGUCUUUGCUAUUCAGGUAACUGAACUGAAAUGUGGGAGCGUAGUUGUGGGAUGCACAUUUGAUCACCGUAUAGCAGAUGCGUAUUCCAUGAACAUGUUCCUCGUAUCGUGGGCCGAGAUCUCUCGAUCCGAUGUACCAAUCUCUUAUGUUCCUUCGUUCAAAAGAUCUCUGUUAGACCCACGACGACCUUUGAUCAUCGACUCAUCAAUAGACCAAAUGUACAUGCCUCUAACGUCCUUGACCGUUCCACAAGAAAUCACUGAUGAAGAUAAUAUCCUCACAAGCAGUAUCUAUUACAUCAAAGCAGAUGUCUUAGCAAAGCUUCAAACUCUGGCUAGCAAUGGUAAGAGGACGAAACUCGAGUCUUUCAGCGCAUUUCUAUGGAAACUCUUGGCUAAACACGCAGCAACAGAUUCGAGGAUCGAUGACUUGAUCCACAAGCCACUGUCUUGGGUGAACGACGAGGUUCACAAGGUACUGGAGAGUACAAUGACCAAAGACCAUUUCUUGAACUUGAUCGAUUGGAUUGAGACUCGCCGUCCGAUACCGGUUCUAUCAAGGAUAUACGGUACUGGAUUAAACGAUGGACCCGCUUUCGUGGUUUCCUCUGGAAAGAGUUUUCCGGUGACCCAGAUUGAUUUCGGGUGGGGCUCGCCUGUUUUUGGCUCGUACCAUCUUCCACCCGGAAGCAGAGCUGGUUACGUGAUGACAAUGCCUAGUCCGGUGGAGACCGAUGGCGCCGGAGAUUGGAUAGUUUAUUUGCAUCUUACAAAAGGACAGUUGAGGUUUAUCGAGCAAGAGGCUGCUCAUGUGUUUAAUCCCGUAGACAAUGACUAUCUCAAGAUUUAAAGCCUUUCGUAAUAAUGUUGGUUGUAUCAU